CUCGAAGCAAAAAAGCACCAUUCAUUCAUGGCCACUUCUUCCAAAACAGUCAAAGAUUGUGAUAUGCUGAGAGAAAUAGAAGGUGAUGAGAGAGAAACAGAAGAAGAGGAAGAGGAGGGAGAAGGCGAGAAAGAAAAAGAGCAGGCGGAGGAAAGAGAUUGUUUGGAACUGAGUUUAGGGUUUGGAACAGCUUGUGGUAAGUUACUAGGGCAUGGAUCAAACUCAUCUUCAGCUUCUUUUGCAUCACCCUCUUCUUCUUUCCCAUCACAACAAGCUCAAAAACAAUCUGGGUCAUGGUUAGGGUUAGGAGUAGGAUUAGGGUUAGGGUUUGAAAAUAUGGGUGCGAGUGAAAAGGGUGUGGGUUCGUCUAGUAAAUAUCACAGAUUCUGGUGUGAACAUCAUCGUGGUCUUGCACAUGAUGAUCAUGAUGGUAUGCCAUCACCAUCAUCAUCAUCACUCACACUGUGUCCACCACCAUCAUUAUCAUUAUGGCCACUGCACGUAGCUUCAACUAGCUUUCUUGGUCUUCAUGGCCUGCUAGUGCCAGUUCCAGCUGAUACCCAUCAUUACACUCAAAGACCACAGUCUGGAUUGUGGUUUACUCUCCGCUCCUUAAUCAACCGGGAAGGGGAAGGGCUACCUCAAGUACCAAAGGCGUAUAUUAGAGUGAAAGACGAGAACGUGACAAUUUUCAUGGUUAAAACCUACCUUGUUACAAAACUUGGUCUUCCCAACGAAUCUGAGAUCGAUAUUUCAUGCAUGGGGGAGAAGUUGCUGCAGUCGGAGACCUUGAAGCAUGUACGAGAUCAUAUCUGGCUGCCUCGAUUGGUUGAAUCUGUAAAUUCAGAGACAACUUCAAUUGAAAAUUGUAAUGAUAUGUCAGCAAAUCAUCUGAUGCCUUUGGAUUAUGGACGACGCCUCUUGAACUAA